AUGACCGCCGCCGGCAAGCUGCUCCUCACAUUCGGCACAAUUGUGUUUCUGCACGCCGCAUACUCGACAUAUGAGCACCUCUCGUUGAGGAAGUCGCUCGGCCUUGUCGGUGCAGAAGCCAAAUCGAUGCCCAUCGAUAUCACGCUCGAGACACUCGUAUCCUUCGUGGUCAUCCUCACCGGCAUCGCACUCACAGCGUUGCCGCUCAAGAACGUCACCUGGGCCAGUGAGAUGCGCACAAAAUCCAUCGACGAAGUCGACUCGCGCUCCAGCUUUGCCACGCUCACACAUCGAGGUCAGAUCCUCUUCGCCUCGUCCGACUAG